AUAUAUAUCCUGGCCACUAGAGAACACUGUUGUACAAGCUAGGACUAAGACAUAGGCUUUAGAAGAGUUUGGGUUUAGAAAAUAAUGGUGUGGUUAUAUUUUCUCGCCCUGUUGGCCACGGGGUGGGGACACACUGUGAAGGGCGUUAACAAUGGUCUCAGGACGAGGCGAGAAGUUAGCUGUGGAGCCUCACUGACCGGAAGUGGUGAAAUCGUGCUGCCCACCGUGGAAAUGAAUGGCACCCUGUUCUACAAUGCGGAAGAAAGCUGUGAGUGGACAGUGUCCGUGGCCGCUGACCAGCACGUUGUCAUCCACUCGCUCUACUUUGACCUCGAGCUUAGUGACAAUUGCGAAUGGGACUAUCUGGAGAUCUCGGAAGUGGCGGGCAGUUCCCGGUUCUGCGCCUGGGAUCCGUUGGUGUACGUGUCUACCGGGCACCAGCUCACAUUGCGCUUUCGGUCCGAUUAUUCAUACGAAUCUAAGGGCUUCCACCUCGUCGUCACGGCACUUGACGAUUUUGCUGAUGACACGUUCUGCAAUUCGACUAUUUCUAUUAAGCCGGGUGAAAAAGGGAGCCUGUAUAACAAGAAAGACAGCGGAGAAAACUGCUACUAUCAUCUCCAGGCAGAAGACGGUUACGUUGUUGAGUUGAAGGUACGCAUGGUAACGUUCGGGGCCCAUGAGUGUAACGAGGAGCGGCUCUUGAUCCGGGACGGCGUGAGCUCGCACGCUCAGUCCGUGUGGGAGAUCUGUAGCGAACACGCCGAGAGCGCCAAAAACGAGCUGCGACGGGGCCGGAACCUGUUCAUCGAAUAUGCAAAUACAGCCGGAAGUGAGGGAGAGCGCUUCCAACUGGACUACGUGGCGGUGCUGGACAACUUCACCCCGCCUCCCCCCACUCCCACCAUCGCAUCACCUGUCGGUGGCGAUAACGACUGCAGCGGUCAGUUCAUGGACUCUGACGGGGUGUUUGAGUUCACGUAUACAGCUCCAGAGUUUCAGGACAACAAGUUCUGUGUGCUCACCUACAGGGCCACUAACAGAUAUGACCACAAAGUGAAGAUAGAAUUUUUGAAGUUCGACAUGGAAGAAUCUGACGACUGCAUGUUUGACUCACUUAAAGUGUUUGCCAGCGAACGAAAUGUUUCUGAUUUGCUUGGCGGGCCCUACUGUGGAACCAGUCUUGCAGGCAGAACGUUGCUAAGCAACGGCAACUCCAUGCGUUUAGAAUUCAAAACAGAUCAUUCACUGUCCUUUGUUGGAUUUACGGCGAAAGUUGAAUUUGUAUUAAUAAGCCAAGGGAGCAAAGAUUGCGGCUGUGCAAGAGGGAAGGUCUGCGUUAUACAGGGAUAUGAGUUAUUAUGCGUGGGCGGGACAAACUGUGAGGUGAACACUUGUGACAAUGGUGGAACUUGUGUGACGGACGGUCAUAAAGACAUCUGUCACUGCAGGACGGGAUACUCAGGGGAGAAUUGCAGAGAGGGAGGGUCAUCUGCUGGUUACCUCGAGUUUGAGCAACGGCCACAAGAUAGGACGGUGAAACGGCAGAAACAAGCGACAGCUUUCUGUGCUGUGAAACGCCCUACAAACGGCGAUUUAGUUGAAUAUUCAUGGUUGUUUGAGGGACAGCCGAUACUGGAAUACCGUAAAUCUAUCGAGUAUGGUGACAAAGGCAACGGCCUUCUAGAGAUUAAGAAGUUUACUGAGCAGAACGAAGGACAGUAUACUUGCCUAGCACGGGCAGGGAACCUUACUGCGGAACAUAUCUUCUUCAUGACGAUGGUCAAUGACUGCAAAUUAGAGGGUUUCAAGGGACCCAGAAAUGAAGAAGGGAUUGUUGGCAACAUGGUUUUCCUGGCAUGCGCUGUUCUCAAUGCCAAAAAUGUCCUCUGGAAAAAGGACGGCAAGGUCAUCGAUUAUGAUGAAAACACGAGAAUGAAGCACCUUUCAAACAACUACCUGCAAAUCUCCAAUUUGGAAUUAGAAGAUGAAGGGGACUACUCGUGUGAAGCUACGGACUUUGAAAAUUGUGGAAGCGAGAAGACUGCGCAUCUCACGGUCUAUCAAAAGGGAGUACACAACGACUACUGUGGCAGAUCUGUGCACGACCAGGCAAGGGAAUCUAGGGCGACAGCCUAUAUUUCAAAAGGAGUCGAUGCCUUUCCCAAGGAACACCCGUGGCAUGUCACAAUGCUCCUAUUUAAAGAAGGAGGUAAGCUGGGACCGUUUUGUGGAGCAACGGUUAUAUCCCAGAACUACCUCGUCACAGCGGCCCACUGCAUCCUCGAUUUCCCGGGAGGAAAGGAGAAAUUCACGCCCGAAAUUGUUAAACUCAAUUUUGCCAGUACCCGAUGCUUUACAUCUGACGUAAUCAAGUCAUUUAAAAGGUUUAUUAUUCAUGAGGAUUUCAACAAGUCUGCAUCCUAUGAUAGCGACAUCGCAUUGAUCGAACUUGAUGAGCCGCUAAAAUAUUCGUCAAACAUUAGACCAGCGUGCCUUGAAGAUGCGACAUACAACAAUCGAAGGUUUUUGGAAAAUAGAAGGAGUAGCAUAUCUCCGGGAAGGGUCGCUGGAUGUGGAAGACUGUCAAGGUUUGGAAAUGGAAAUUUGCCAGACAGACUUCAGAAGAUAUACACGCCAUAUGUGGCAAAUGAGGACUGCAUAGACAAUUUAAAAGAGGCCCCGGUAAAGGCAGGACGAAAAGUCGAACUAACAGACAACAUGUUCUGUGCCGGGAAGCUUAAACGCGGCGUGGGUGACGUAUGUUUUGGGGAUAGCGGUGGCGGUCUGCUCAUGGAGGCGGUUGGAGAGUUCAGGUGGGUUCUCACCGGCAUCGUGUCAUUCGGAAUUGGGGGAUGCGACAACCCGCACUACUACACCAUGUUCACGAAUGUGGGCAACUUCUACGAGUGGAUCAAUGGCCACACUCGAUUCACAGAGGAGGAAGUGGACACGUCGUUUCUGGACGAGUCAAAAAAAUAAGCACUUUGCCUCAGCAAAAGACAAAAUAUUAAUAUAAUAUGAAUAUAUGAAUAUAAUUGUAUGAAACGUAAACGUAUAUUGGAACAAUAUCGGAGAUUGCUGUUUUGAAAAUAAAUGUCAAUAAUGAAUAUAAAUUCA